UUUUUCCUACCGCCGCAUUCGCUUUUUUGUAUGGCCUUGUAGAACUUUCAUAGUUCAAGUUGUGCUUGUCCAGGAUCCUCUUCUGAAGCAUUAAUCAUGGCCAAACAGAAGAAGAAGGGUCAAGCCGGCCAGGCGAAGAACUAUAUCACCCGGACACAAGCCGUGCGCAAACUGCAAAUCUCCCUCCCAGACUUUCGUCGGCUAUGCAUCUUCAAGGGCAUCUAUCCGCGUGAGCCACGGAAUAUCAAGAAGGCCAACAAGUCUGCUACGCAUUCCACUACAUUCUACUACACGAAAGACAUCCAAUAUCUACUACAUGAACCGCUUCUGCAAAAAUUCCGAGAACAGAAGGCCCUCUCGAAAAAGAUCGCAAGAUCUCUCGGUCGCAAUGAAGUCCAAGAUGCGGUCAGGCUCGAGAAACAGGCCAUGCCAAAGGUCAAACUCGAUCAUAUAGUGCGUGAAAGAUAUCCAACUUUCGUCGAUGCUCUGAGAGAUCUCGAUGAUGCGCUCUCACUCUUGUUUCUUUUCGCAAACCUGCCAUCAACCUCCGCCGUCCCUGCCAAGGUCAUUGCUCGCUGCCAGCGCUUGACCCACGAAUUCGAACACUACCUCAUUUCCACCCACUCUCUCCGGAAAUCCUUCUUGUCCAUAAAAGGUAUAUAUUACCAGGCAACAAUUCAAGGGCAAGAUAUUAUGUGGUUGGUGCCAUACAAGUUUGUGCAAAGAAUAACACAAGAUGUGGACUACCGAAUUAUGGGCACGUUCGUGGAGUUCUAUUGCACACUUUUGGGUUUUGUCAAUUACAAGCUGUACACAUCCAUCGGGUUGGUGUACCCGCCCAAGUUUGAUGUUGCGAGUGACGAACGGGGAGCCGAACUGGCAGCCUUCACGCUCCAGGGCCAUCAAGUAGCGGGUGCAAUUGCACCGAAAGAGGAGGAACAGAAAACCCUGACCAAUGGCCAUGGACCAGCCCAAAAUCCGGAAGAGAUUCAAGCCCAGAUCGCCAAAAUUGCCGAGCAGGAUGUUGUGGAGGACGAUACAAAUCAGGAUGAAGCUCCUGAGGAGCCGGCUGAUGACGGAACCAUCGACACUUUCAAACCAGCCGCACCUGAAGGCGAUAUCCUGCCCCAACCUGACGUGUCUGGGGAUGAAGCUGCGAGUCUCUUUUCGAACUUCACUUUCUUCAUCUCUCGCGAAGCCCCCCGUCAUCCAAUCGAGUUUCUACUACGAGCAUUUGGAUGUAAACGAAUCGGAUGGGAUACGGUCCUCGGAGAUGGUGCGUUCACUCAUGAUGAGACGGACCCCAGGAUAACGCAUCAGAUUGUGGACCGACCUGCAUUGGCCCAGCCAUUACCUGCUUUGCAAGGUCAAACUGAUAACAAGGAUCAGACUCUCCAGGCUGUCAAGCCUGGCUUCAUAAUCCCAGGUCGGACUUACGUCCAGCCACAGUGGAUCUGGGAUUGCAUCAACGAGGGCAAGUUGCUAAGGACGGACCUGUAUGCGCCCGGAGCGACUCUGCCACCACAUCUCAGUCCAUGGGUCAGACCUACCAGCGGACAGUACGAUCCUAGGGCGACUUUGGAGGAGCAGGAACCUGAAGGCGAAGCCGAUCAAGAUGUUGCCGAAGAAGAAGAAGAAGUAGAAGAAGGGUCUGACGAUGAAGAAGAUGAGUCUGACCAAGAGGAGGACGAGUCAGAAGAUGAAGAUGAGGAAGUCGAUGCCGGUGAUAUGGAUGUUGCAGGCUCAGAAGAAGAAUCAGAAGAGGAAGAUCAAGAAGUUGACGGCUUUGCUGGCUUUGGCGAUGACGAUGCAGCAUCAGAUGCAUCAUCUGAGCUGGACGAGGAAGCCCAACACCAAAAGGAGCUUGAAGCUGAAGCCCUGGGUAAACCCGUCCCUGUUGCCAAAUCCAAAGAGGAUGCUCAAAAGGCCAAGGCCCGCAAGGCUCGGGAGACGGCCCAGUCUAAGAAGGAGGAAGAGAUUGAACGGCAAAAGAUGAUGAUGAGCAACAAGAAGAGAAAGCUGUUCGAGAAAAUGCAGUACUCCAACAACAAGCGUGAUGUUGAGGCGGAGAAACUACGUGCGAAGCGAAGAAAGCUCGAGCGGGCAAAGGGCAAGGCCUAAGGAUCUCUGGACCGCCAGCCUGUCAGUUCUUAGCAAGGCGUUGUGGGGACGUGGGAAAUGGUAUGGAAAAGUUCAGGAUGCCAGAUAUGAGAAUCAGGGACUGGAGUGACCACGUAUCUCGGUGGAUAUCAAAUUCCAGGCUUGUCAACGACAUUUUCGAUGUAGGUAAAAUUUACUUCCUGUAUACUGCCAG